GGUGAUGCUUUACGGAUAUGGUAUGAAGAAACAAUUCGGCAAAUGGCGGACACAAUUCAGGACAUGAAAAUCAAAUUAGACGAAGUUGGAUCUAAUACAAGGGAAGCAAUGUCAAUUCUACGGAAGGUGACUGUAGAAAAACCAGGGCCUGCAGGGGACAAAAACAAAAGAAUAAAAACUGUAGACGGCAUCCUGAAGAAACUUCAAGCAAGCUUUGAAGCAACAAUCAAGGAGUUACCAGAUAAUUUCAGUGCGUCAGUAGAAGUGUCCGACAUCCGAACAAAACUACGAGAUAAUCAUCACGUGAUUGUAACCGGAAGUUACAAUAGUCGUUACUUUGAAACAGCACUUGCAGCCAUUAAAGGAAUGGAUUACGAUUACAAACGAAGUGUCGAAAUGCACACGUCUUCGGAUUGGCGCCAUAUAGAUCCUGAAGAUGUUGAUUUGGUCCUCUGCAGAAAUCCGUUCGGAAAUUUAUCAUAUGACGGAGACAAGUCCAAAAGUAUGGCUGAUAUAUUCAACAGUAUGAUGCAUACAACUAAAGGGGACGAUAACAAAACGUUAGACAUCAUCAUGGUAACAGACUCGGCGAUUCUGGCGAAGUGCAAACAAUUCCAUGAUCACAAUAUCUUUGAAGACGUUGUCAAUGUGUUUGAUGAUACAAGCGAAACUCAUCCGGCAGACCUUACACUUGAGUGCAGAAAUCAGGAUGUGUACUCCGCUUAUUUGCCCGUUAGCAACAACUUGAAGGACAUGACCAUCAACUUCUUGAAGCAAUAUAGAAUAUGCAGCGGUCAAGUUGACGAAGAAAUCCUCAAGAAAACUAGGCUUAAAUUCAAGGCAAAUAAAGCUGUUGUGCUGACAGGCCCAAAGAAAUGCGGAAAGACAUCAUUUGCAGUCGCCAUAGCUUCUUCGUAUGAUCCAUCACAAUGUAUACUUCUGACUGAACCAAACGAUUUUAAGACAAUUGAUUUACAAAAUACAUGUUUGGUAAUCAUAGAUGAGUUUACUGGAAAGUAUUGUUACGAUAAGAAAGACGUGUAUAAAUGGUACAGUAUGUUUGACCAUUUGUAUAAUGCCACAACGGCGGGACAGAUGAAUGUGAUAAUCACAUGCGAAAAAAGCAAACUAGACAAAUGUUGCGACGAGGUUUCACCACACCCUUUGCUUGAACACAGAGUAAAUAUGCCUGAACGUACCAUUGCCAUCAAACAGGAGAUGUUACUUCGGAAUACAGAAAGUAAGUAGGAACUUUGAAUGCUC